AUGCCAGACUUCCUGUCCAGUAGACGGCAAACGGGUCCCGUAGUCCUACCCCAUCUCUACUGGUAUAGGCCUGAAUCACCAAGGCCGUUCGUAUUCCAGGGGCAACUGCCGAUCCCGUUGCAGAUCGCAUUGUCGAUCGCCCCGCUGAUUCCCACAUCUUCAACAUUUACGAUGCCCGAGCUUCGGGGCUGGGCUCGCUGGAAUCAUGGAAGUUUGUACGACGGAAUGACGUUACGUCCUAGGAAGAAGAAAGCGUUUUGCAGAGCAGAAGACGGGUAUAAAAAGCGUGGGAUAAUGGUCGCAGGAUUCGAGAUCAUCGAGCGAUACCUGCCUGCCUGGUUCUGUUUUCAUCCUUCAUCCCCAUUCUGCUUACUUAUCACACCUCGCUACUCUUCAAACUACACGAUUAUGCAUCUCCUCACACCCCUCCUCCUCGCCAGCCUCGCCGCGGCGACGCCCCUUUCCACCCUCACCAAGCGCUGGACCUGCGGCGGCGACCCGCCCGCGUUUGCCUGCCAGCCCAAAGCCGGAUGUGCGAACGAGACGGCGUGGGGAGAGUGCGCGUAUGCUGAGGGACUGGAUAAGUGUGGGGAUCCGCUGCCGAAUCAGACGACGCCUGUUAGUGCGUGUCAGAGUGCGGCGUUUACGACGUGCGAGACGCAGCAUUGUUAGUGGAUAGAACGAGGAUUAGGGAAG